GCGCAUGGAUUUGAAGAGAUAGAAUACGCCAUAUUGAAUUCCCGUAGGAAACUGCUAGCGUUUUUCCCCCAGCUAGCGGUGUAAAGGGGCCACUUUAUCUAUGGUCCUGAUUCGGUUUUAUGUUUAAAUACUUCUCUUCUUCGCAACCCCGGACGGAGCAGCGACAUUUGAACGGCCCAGGUAGUGGCGCAGAUUCACAACGGGCUCGCUAGUGAUACUUGUAGAGGGGUUACCAGAGAAAGAAGUUGAAUGGAUCCGAGGGUAGCUUGGAUUCAGCCCGAACAGAAAGGACCUGCGAACGCCUUAUGGAUGCACGUCUGGGAGACCUCUCAGGGAGUACGGACACUCUCCGCUCAGCACCAGCUUCACAAUCAAAACCACAACCAGUGCGUGAAUUAUGCUGCGUUGGAUGUUUUAAAAAAUGUGGCGACCGCGGUGGCAUCGAGCAAGAGCAUUUGCAGCAGCACCGGGAACGUUACUGCCAGUUUAAGCAGCGGCAGCAGCCAUCACAGCAUCAUGAACGGCACUACUAGUAUUAACGGCGCUGCGAUUUCCUCGCUGGGGAUAGCGCUGUCCAACGGGAACGUGUGUAACUCCUUCGCCACGACAAACGCCGCUGAACCAGGUAAGGGUAGACCCCUGCCCCAGAAGACGGGAUCCGUCUCUUCGUCCUCCUCACAGGAAUCCGGGGCGGACAGCCCCCCUUCCAGCUGCUCACUUGAGAGGACUAUGGGUAGCAAUGUAACGGGCAACAUUAAUAAAAACGUCGGGGGUGCCAAUCUGCUAUUUAGCGUGAGGGACAGCAUGGACAAUAAUGUCAACCUCUACCACAGUCGUCUGUUACAGGAGCACCCGGCUUUUAAUUUACCGCAGGUUUGCGUGAGGCGCCAUCAGAUUCACCCAUCUGUACCUGUAAUUCACACACACAAUCACCAUCCAGGCCGAAGGAAAAGUGACAACAAAGCAAGCACUUAUGGGAUGAACUACUUGCUUUCAAACUGCACUAAUGGCAAUUAUGCGAGCACUUGGACGCCCUGGAAGACGAGGAAGUACAACCCUGGGGUCCUCGGACUCCACGAGGAGGUGAUGGACUUCUACAACUUCAUGUCUCCUCGGCCCGAGGAAGCCGCUAUGAGGAAGGAGGUGGUGGACCGGAUAGAGAGGAUCAUCAAGGAGCUGUGGCCCACUGCAGAUGUCCAGAUAUUUGGCAGCUUCAGCACAGGGCUGUACCUUCCAACAAGUGACAUUGACCUGGUGGUGUUUGGGAAGUGGGAGCGCCCGCCACUGCAAGAACUGGAACAAGCUCUUCGCAAGCAUAACGUGGCAGAACCUUUCUCCAUUAAAGUGCUGGACAAGGCUACAGUGCCAAUCAUCAAGCUGACAGACCAGGAGACCGAGGUGAAGGUGGACAUCAGUUUCAAUGUGGAGACUGGAGUCAGGGCGGCAAGCUUCAUUAAAGAUUAUGUUAAGAUGUAUCCAGUGCUGCCUUACCUGAUCUUUGUACUGAAGCAGUUUCUGCUGCAGAGAGAUCUAAACGAAGUCUUCACUGGGGGAAUCAGCUCUUACAGCCUCAUCCUCAUGGUCAUCAGCUUCCUGCAGCUCCAUCCUCGUAUCGAUGCCCGAAACCCCAAUGAGAACUUGGGCAUUUUGCUGAUUGAGUUCUUUGAGUUAUACGGCCGCCAUUUCAACUAUUUGAAAACAGGGAUUCGCAUCAAAAAUGGAGGCGCAUACAUAGCCAAAGAGGAGAUCAUGAAGGCCAUGAUAAAUGGAUACAGACCAUCCAUGCUCUGCAUAGAGGACCCACUGCUCCCAGGUAAUGAUGUGGGGAGGGGUUCCUAUGGUGCCAUGCAUGUCAAGCAGGUGUUUGACUAUGCCUACACUGUCCUGAGUCAUGCCGUGUCCCCGCUUGCACGGUCGUAUCCCAACAAAGACUCUGAAAGCACCAUGGGCAGGAUAAUUAGGUUGACCCAGGAAGUGAUCGACUACAGGGAAUGGAUCAUCAAGAAGUGGGGGGGCAGGGAUCUGGCGCGAACUGACAGCAGAGUUUCACCUCCCAAGGAGCCAGUGUCGGAGCAGGAGCCUUGCACGCUCGGUGGUAGUGUCGGAUCGGAGGAGCAGCAAAGGGACUCAGUGUCGCCCCACAGUGCAGACUCCCCCAUGUCCAUCUCCAGCCCCCAGCAGCACUCUUCAGCCUCCUCUGUCUCCUCACUGUCUGGAUCAGACAACGACUCUGAUUCAACGCUGCCGUGUCACGUCCCUCCGCCUGCCCUGCCACAAUACCCGUCUUUCCCGCAUCUGGGCCUAGCUUUGCCACCAGGCCUCAACAUGGGCACCGGCAAGCCCUGCAUGGGAGGACACCAUCUCCUCUUGCCUCCAGGCUCACAGGCUCGCGUCUCACUGCCCGGUGGUCUAACAAUGCACUCCAUACCUGGCAGACAGGUGUGUAUAGACACCGGGCUCCCCCCCUUCUUCCACAUGCCCCCCCCAGCCCAUGCUCAUGCCCCUGCCCCCUCCAGCCCCCAGCCUCCGCCCAGCCCCCACUCCAGCCACACACACAAGAACGGAGCCAAGUUCAACGUGAAGGGCUUCCACAACCCGCCGCUGGUCAGCAACCCUGUUCUGGCUAACCGCGGACACACACACACCCACACGCACACACACACACAGUAUCACCGCAACACUUGGCGACGCAGAAAGAGGGACAGCCUACCGGUUAGCCUCAGCAGAUAGAAACCACUCCCCUUCCCCGACUUUUGCUCCCUCUCCUCUCUGGUUGCAAAAGCCCUGGCUCUUCGCUCGUCUCGGAGGAGGAUGGACAGGCAGGCAGAGGACCAGAGACCAGCAGUUUUCACUCUGGGGCUGCCGCCACAUGGAGCAACAGCCCUCAGCUCGGCAUCUUCUUCUUACUAUCUCUACCUUUUCAUUUCUGCAUGACUUUUGUCACAGUUUUUUUUUUUUUUUUUUUUUUAGUUUUCAGUAUUACGUUGAUUUCAGUAUUUUUUUUUCUCCCCCUCAUCUUUGUUUCAGGUCUGUUCCUGUUUUAUUUUUUGUUGGACUUGGUGGCGCUGCCACUUCCAAGUUCACUUGACCUCGUCUUGACCGUUGCAGCCAAGCUGCCUGUGGUUCAGUGUAAUAUUUUUUUUUUUUUUUUUUUUUUUUUUUUUUUACAGUUUAUACACUUAAAAACAAUCGGUUUCAUUUUGUGCAAUAAUGUUAUUUUUCUUUUUUGGAACUAAAGUAAAUGGUUAUUUAAUUUGUGUGUGUGUGUGUGUGUGUGUAUGUAAAGGCAUUUUUAUACAGUUGUUUUAUUUUUGUAGAGUUUUAAAAUUUUGUUUACAAAACCUUUCCCCAGGCAGCAUCUCUGGAAUGUGUGUGUGUGUUCCUCAGUUGUUGUUUCGGUGCGUGUGUGGGGAGUGUGUGCACCAGUCAGUCAUCAGGUUGAGAUGGACCCCAGUUCAAAAGCCCCCCCCCCACCCCCCUUCCCCCCCCCACCCCCUCUCAUUCUCUUCUUCUCUUCCCUCUGUACUUGUGUUCUGUUUGAGAAAGAGAAGCAGGAACAGAAAGGGGUUACUAAGCUCUUAUCUUGAUAUUCCUCCCAUUUUGUCUUCAUCUGUCCUGCGAUAACGGGCGAGGUUAACAUGGAAUUCCUCCUGGAAGUUUUGUUCCUCAGUCCAGUUAGUCUUAAGGCGUCUUGAAAGGAAGUGGGGGGAAUGGAAAUUGCACCCUAGGAUAUCCUGAGAAACGAGAGGAUGUAAUUCUGUUUGGGCCUAGAAGAGGUAGCUCCCGAGCAGAUAGAGCUUUAGCAGCGCCACCUCGAGAUUGUGUGUAAUGUGUAUAUCUCCGUAUGUGUGUGUGUGUGUCCCUCUUAUGGGACUGUACUGUUGCCAUAUUACGUCAGUCUGGGGAAGGCUGGUAGUGGCCUGCUAGUUUUCUCUCCACCGGAGGAGAUUUUUUUUUAAAAGAAAAGCUUCCAGACAGUGCAGAAUGUUGGCCUAAAAAGGCCUGUUCUGUUAGACAUAUAUGCUAGUGUGUUUUCAUUUUUUUUUUCAUCUUUUUUUUGUGCUCGUCUCUUUUUAUUACAUGUCGUAGGAGGGUUUGGGCCAAGAAGGCAACAGCGUGUCUGACUUGAAUUUGAAGAUCAAAGAUUAGGGUGAGAGGGCAGAAAGCCACGGAGGACGUGGUUGUGGAAAUCUGAUCCCAGGGCUGAGGUCAACUCUUGCCCAAAGCUGUAAAUCAGUGCAGACCAACACUAAGAUGCUCAGCGAUAAGGUUUUCUCCUUUAUGGUCCUGGACAAAGGAAAAGGAGGGAAGGAGAGAGAGAGGAGGGGGGUGGGGGGUGUCUUCCUGAACCAAGGACCCUAGUGAAAGGGAAUUAUAUUUUGAUUCCAUUCAGGAAUCUUGUGUAUAUUUGAUUGCCAGGUACUUCCGCUAAUUGUUUGCAAUGCCUUUCUUUGUGUUUACUUGGAGUGUGUGUACGUCGUUUUCGGCGAGCACACUGUGUCACAAAUACACACACUCACAGACAGGACUGUCAAAGGCUGUGCCUCGCCCAGAACACUACACACGCUGGUGUUAUUACUAUGCAAGUGGAUUAUUCUAAUUAUUGUGUCAACUCUCGUCUUUGUUUUUUUUUUUCAAAUGACAACACUGCUUGUUGGACUGGAGUAAUGUUACUGACUGUCAAGACUCGCAAGUCAACUACAAGUCCACCCCCACCCCCCACCCCCCUCUGUAUUUGUAUGAAGACAUGUCCUGAUAUGUUUCAAAGUCUAGUUUUCUACAUUUAUCAGUCAAAUGUAAGGAAUGGGGGAUGUUAAUGUCAAUGGUUGGGUAUGGGUCUGUGUAGUGUGUGACAUAGUGAAACGUGUGUGAGAAAGUAUCGAGACUCAUGCCUUGCCUUCACAGAUUUCUUUUUUUUAAUCCGACGGUCCGUGAGCCAAGUGCACUCAGAGAGCGACUUGCACUCUGCAGGUGCACUUCAGAAGGGGCCGAAGUGUCCACCAACAAUUCUCUAGCUUUUACUGAGACUCUGUUCAGUACUGUUAAACUAUUUAUGGUUGCCUUUUUCUUUUAAACCAUCGCAACUCUGAUCCCUCAGUCAAAACUGCACCUGGCAUCAAUUCAAUCUCAGACGAAGGGUUUCUGUUUUGACCGAUAGUUUACAGGCAGUGCAGGUUGUAAGCUAAUCAUCACCUCCAGCUAGAGAAAUCCCUUUCACGUUUUAAUGAUUUGACCCACAC